AGAAGAAGAAGAAGAUGAGGAGAAGCGCGGCUGGCGGUGGAAGCAACCAGAAGCACAUCACGUCCUUCUUCUCUGCUGGUGCCUUGGGCAUGGCAUCUGCUUUGAAGAAGAGUGGAUGUAACAGGAUGAAAAGGGAGGCUUCUGACAUGAAGCCCAUGAUGUCUGAUCUGCAUGGAGAUGUUGAGAAGGAGACUGAGAACUUUCCCGUUUCCCCGUGUCCGUCGUUUAUUCCAGAGACCCCCGACAGCCAGAUUUGGCCCUCGUGCCCAAAGCUAGAGGCUAAAGGAGAGGUGUGCUCACCUGUAGCACGUAAAUCUCAUUCAGGGCCAUUGGCCUCCAAGCAGUAUCUGGCAGCCAGGAGGCCCUCACUGUUCCCUGCACUGGAAGAAAAGCCUUUAGUAGAGAUGUCACCUGCGGGUCACAACAGAUCUGUUCAGAGCGGCUCCACAAAGAGGCCACCACUGUGUUUCCGUGACGAGGCGCUAAAUACCAAGUUGAGGAAGACCUUCUCACUCACCCCCAUUCGUGGCCCCUCCGCUGAGGAUAUUCUUAAUGAUGAGGAUCUAGGCAUCUGCCUGGAGAUGAUUGAGGAUUCUGCUGGUGCGCAGGUCAAGAGAAAGUCGAGCAUCGCCAGGCAAGGAGCAGACUGGAAACGCAGGCAGGUCCUCAUAGGGGAUGUAAGGAGAUCCGCUCUUGGCCCUGAACCUAACGAAGUGAAGAGGAAAGCUCUGUCGCCACUGAAGACCGUUCAGAUUGACAGGAAGCCCUCAAAUGUUUUCUCGAGUAAGCUCUUUGGUACCUUGUCCUCGAGCACUGAACAGAAAGCUGACGUACCUGUAAGAAGCAAUAGUGUCCGAGCAUCUCCCGUUGGACCAGCAGCCUUGGAAAGUCCAGUCAAUCUAAGAGCUCUUGAGGGAUGGGAGAAUGACAUUGAAAGCAGUGGCAUAGAAAACCUGCAAGCUCCUCUCACUGAUGAGGACGCUUUUGGGGACACUCAGCCAUCGAGCAGUGGAGAUGCCAGUCAGAAUGCCCUCACGUGCUCAGAAGAUGAUUUCAUUGGUGAUGAGGCCUUUUGGUUUGAUGAGAAGAUUGAGCUGAAUGAGAUGGAGACCUCAAAAACUGUCACAGAGAGACGGAUUCCGGAAGAUGUUAUCUUGUCCACUGGGCUCUACAAUAGGUACUGGGUUCUAGAUGUGCAGGAAGCCGUGGGUCCCAGUGGCACAUUGGAAAAACAUCUGAAAAUUACUGCUUCCAAGACCACGCAGCCAACUGAAACCUGCAUUUUGAAGGACGGAUGGGAGUCCAUGGUGGUUGCUGUGGGUGACAUUGUGCACCUGGAGGGUGAAUGUGUCUCAGGAACCUGGGUGAUUGACAGAGAGUCUGGAUUCUUGGUCUUGCUGCCAGACAUUUUGAUCUCAAGCACCAGCAUUGCAAGCAGUAUCCGUUGCAUGAGACGGGGAGUGCUGGGGGAGAGGUUUAAGGCUUUUGAGGGAGGUUCCAAGCAGAUGCUUAAUGGUACCAUAGUUCAUGACAUCUUCCAGAAGGCAGGAAUGUCCAGGGACUUUGCUCUGGAGAAGCUCCACCAGCUUGCUGACGAAGCCCUGAUGGGUUCGAGCUACCUCAAGGAAAUGUAUAGCCUGAAGCUCACUCAGGAAGACAUGAGGCAGGAGGUGGAGGAGUAUUUAUCCCCUGUCUCCGAGUGGGCAGAUGACUACCUCCGCUCCUCCCCUCUGGAAGGGAGGAAACGGCUAAUGCUCAAACUGCCAAGUGAGCCCCAAAAACAGGAUGCUGAAUGCAGCGUCGCAGUCACAGACUUCGUGGACAUUGAGGAGAACAUCUGGUCCCCUCGCUUUGGCCUGAAGGGGAAGAUCGACCUGACAGCCAGGGUGCGAAUCCAUCGCAGGGGCCGGCCAUGGCAGGAGCGGGUGGUGCCCCUGGAGCUGAAGACGGGGAGGGAGUCCAAUUCCAUUGAGCACCGCAGUCAGGUCAUUCUGUACAACUUGAUGAGCUUGGAGAGACGCAGUGAUGCAGAAGCAGGUUUUCUGCUUUACCUGAAGACUGGCAACAUGCACCCAAUUGUAAGCAGCCAUAUGGACAAGAGAGAGUUAUUAAAAUUAAGAAACACCCUGGCUCAUCACCUUGGCAACAGCUUAGUGCAAGAAGACGGGAAACACCCUCAGCUGGCACCGCUGCCACCCAUAAUUUCUGACUCUAUGGCCUGCAAGUACUGUCCUCAGAGGAGGAACUGUGCUCUCUACAACAGGGCUGUGGAGAGCAGAGGUCAGUGUGGUCUUGAGCCUCCCAACAAGUCCCAGUCCCCCUUCCUGGAGGAGGAGAGCCAGCACCUGAGGGAAGCCCACCUGCAGUACUUCAGCCAAUGGGUUCUGCUGUGCACUCUGGAGGCUGUCUCAGCAGAAAGCAGGGGUGGACGGAGGAGCAUCUGGCUGCAGAACACCCAGGAGAAGGAAACCCAAGGUGGGUGCGUGGGCAACUUGUUGAGAACUGGUAAAGUGACAGUAAUGUCAGACAACAAGUACGUCCACCACUUCAGGCGACAAGGCCCGGAGUUAGCUGGCGCUGGCUUCAACGUGGGGGAUAAGAUUGUGGUCAGCGGCCAGGAUGUGAAGCUGUUUGCUGUGGCAAAGGGCUAUGUCACUGAAGUCAGCAGACAUGGCGUGGCCUGUAGUCUGGAUCAGAAUCUGUCCAAGCUGCCAGGAGAUGUUGUGUUUCGACUGGACCAGGAUGAGGGCGAGAAGCAGUUGUAUAUCCAUCUAGGAAAUCUCUCCAAACUCAUGGAGAACUCCCCGGAAAGCGAACGGCUCCGGAGGCUUGUCGUGGAGUUCGACCCUCCUCGCUUCAUCCCAUCUUUGAGCAGUGUAUUGCCUCAAGACGCUAAGGACACUGUCGCCAAUAUCCUAAAAGGGCUGAACAAACCUCAAAAGCAAGCCAUGAAGAAGGUUUUGCUGUCCAAGGACUAUACUCUCAUCGUGGGUAUGCCAGGGACUGGAAAGACCACCACCAUCUGUUCUCUGGUACGGAUCCUGCACGCAUGUGGCUUCAGCGUUCUGGUCACCAGUUACACACAUUCGGCUGUGGACAACAUCUUGCUGAAGCUGCGCAGGUUCAAGGUGAGCUUCCUGCGGUUGGGCCACGCUCACAAGGUGCACCCUGACAUCAGGCCUUUCACCGAGGAGCAGAUCUGCGCCCGCAGCGUUCACAGCCUGCCUGAACUGGAGCAGCUGUACAACCAGGAGCUGGUGGUUGCCACUACAUGCAUGGGCAUUAGACACCCCAUUUUCAGCCGACGCCGCUUUGACUUCUGCAUUGUGGAUGAGGCCUCCCAGAUCAGCCAGCCUGUGUGCCUGGGGCCGCUGUUCUAUGCUAAGCGCUUUGUCCUGGUGGGCGAUCAUCAGCAGCUGGCCCCCAUUGUGAAGAGUCCUCAGGCCAGGGCUCUUGGGAUGGACGAGAGCUUGUUCAAGCGUUUAGAACACCACAGCGAUGCGGUGGUGCAGCUGAAUGUGCAGUAUAGGAUGAACAGUAAGAUCAUGUCUCUGAGCAACAUGCUGAUGUAUGGAGGGAAACUGGAGUGUGGAUCAGAGCGAACAGCCAAUGCUGUACUGGAACUUCCAGGCAGGGGCGCUCUACUGCAGGAACUGGAACUCUCCGUGAGCCACACUGAGUAUCUGGCCUGGGUCCAGGCUGUCCUGGAACCUCAGAAGCCCAUCUGCUUCCUGGAUACUAAUAAGGUUCCUGCUCCAGAAUUGGUGACGAAAGGAGGAAUCAGUAACCCUACGGAGGCCUUUUUGGUGCACUGUGUAGUCAGACUACUGCUGAAGGCAGGCUGUCAUGCAUCCAACAUCGGGAUUAUCGCACCCUACCGACAGCAACUGAGUUCCAUCUCCAGCCUGCUGGGGGACUCAGCAUUCAGUGCAGUGGAGGUCAACACAGUAGACAAGUACCAGGGCCGGGACAAGAGCGUUGUCAUUGUGUCCUUUGUCCGGAGCCACACAGAAGGCUACGUGGGCGAGCUGCUGAAGGACUGGCGCCGGCUAAACGUUGCUGUCACGCGAGCCAAACACAAGCUGAUUAUGCUGGGCUGCUCUCCCACCCUGUGCCACUAUGCCCCUUUGGAAAAAUUGCUGAAACACAUGGAAGAGGAGGCCAUGAUUGUCCAGCUGCCACCAGCUGUCCAUGAAGCACUGCCAGCCAUACAUCUCAUGUAAGGAACAUGUGGUGAAAGGUACUGCCUCCACCUGGCAAACUGGUUUCUUAGAUACUCUUGUCUCUUGGACUUUAGAUUAUAAAUCUUUCUGAAGGGAUGAUGUUAUUUGAAUAUACAAAUGGUAAGGUCUGAAAUAAUGCAACAGUUGUGAUUUUUCUGCUGCUAUUAGGCAUGACACAGUUGCAGUGUCCCAAAGCACACAAUUUUACAGAAUCUUUAGUUCAGUUCUUCCCCUGU